AUGUCUCAACUAUCCUUCACCUUUACCACCAGCUCCAAAGUCAAGACCGCCCAUCUCGUCGGUACAUGGGACGGCUACAAGGGCCAACUUCCCCUCACUAGCCAAGGAUCCGGCAAGUGGAAGGGCACCUUUCGCUUCUCCGAGAAGACGCUCAAACCCGGGAGCAGGUAUUGGUACUACUACAUCGAAGACGGCUUUAAACCCACAUUCGACAAAUCAGCCCGCUCUCAAGUCGAGCCUAGCACCGGCCGCACCCUCAACAUCCUCGACGUCUCGAAAUCUAGCUCCGCCUCCCUCUCCUCCUCUGCCGCUCCCUCCUCCACGCUCAGCAAACGCGGCUCCACACACGCUCCACACACAGGCCGCGCCCUCUCUCCAUCGAAGAUCAUGCACCCCAAGCCAACCAAACCGUAUGAAUCCCGUCGCGUGCGCGAGGCAGACUAUUCCGCCUCCCCCGGCAUCGACGACUUGGCCGAACACCUCGAGAAGGCUUCACUGUACAAGAUGCGCAAUGUCUCUCCACCCUCAUCCGUGGGAUCUAGCCUGUCAUCACGCAGCUCAGACCGCUCGUCGCCAUCGUCACUGUCCAGUCUCAGCAACUCAAGCUCCUCAGACUCGCAAUGCAGAUGCCAACGCUACGGCCUCACUCGCGGCGGCGGCCGCGUCAAGAUUGAUUGCGGUGGCAAACGCUGCGGGUACUCGGACGACAGCUCAUCAGCGUGUUCAAGCAUCGAUUCUGCGAGUGAGAGUGAGAGCGAGGAAGAGUACGAGGAGAGGAGGCCGAGAAGGCAGGAAGUUAAGCCUGCUGCGUAUCAUGAGAGUAAGCCAAGAUACGUGGAGGCGAAGCCUAGGUAUCAGACGAUCGAGCCGAGGAAGUACGCGACUACUGGCACGAGCAGAGGGUCGCGGAGAUGA